CCCAACGGCGCUACCGAAAGAAACCGUGUCGUGUCAACAUGUGUUUUAGCCCAACGGCGCUACCGAAAGAAACCGUGUCGUAAAGAUGAGUUUCGCUGUAAAAAUGGCGUGUGUGUACCGCUGACCAGCCAGUGUGACGGUAAAGCAGACUGUCGCGAUGGAAGCGAUGAGACGUUUCCUCUCUGCAGGAAUAAUACAUGUGAAAUCGACCAGUUCCGCUGCACUUACGGCGCGUGUAUCAAGCUGUCGCUUCGAUGUGAUGAUAAACAGGAUUGUGUCGACAACUCCGAUGAGCUUGUUCCGCUCUGCAGGAAUGAUUUCACCGAUUUCCACAUUUGUGAAGAGCGCAUAAUAGAAGAGCGUCAAUAUUCACCAGCGGUUGAAUGUAGGAGCUUACGACAGACGUGUGAUGAUGGCCAGGUCCUGAAGGAGCCGAUAAGGUGUGAUGGCCAUGUGGACUGUAAAGAUGGGUCUGAUGAGACGGUGGCAAGGUGUGCUGAGGCUGAGUGUGUGCCACCGCUGUUCAGAUGCGCUUAUGGAGGAUGUGCGCAUCCAAGAGCCGCUUGUGAUGGUGUUCGGGACUGCGCAGAUGGUUCAGAUGAGAUGCAGGACCUGUGCGAUCGGAUACUUCCACCCACCACGCCUAAGCCAAUUUGCGUCCUCCCCGCCUACCCGGAGAAUGGCAGGUAUACCUUGGGGGGCCUUACCACAGGCGCGCCGGGCCAAAUGUUCCCGAGUGUUGUAUUGAAGUAUUCCUGUAACCCCCAAUACGUCAUUGUGGGGUCUAACACACUGUUUUGCUACAGGGGUCAAUGGUCUCAGGACUUCCCGGAGUGUUUGCGUUACUGCAAGCUGCCAAAGCAUGACAGUUUUGAAUACAGAUGCUCGUCAUCCGUAGACGAUACUCUGGAACCUACAAUAGAUUGUCCGGAACAAAUACCAGAUGGCACCACCGUCUACCCUCGCUGCCGUCAACCAGUUUACUAUAGUCCUGCGGAUUUAUUACCAAUGCGAUGCGAGAAUGGGACCUGGGACCGUACGGUAACUUGUGUACCAGACUGUGGAAGACUCGGUGACCCCGCAGACCCCUUAUUGCUGGGGUCUGGACGAGAAGCGAGGAGGAACGAGUUGCCAUGGCACGUUGCUAUCUACAAGGGGUCAAAGCAUGAACAGUGGUGUAGUGGGACCAUCGUCAAGAACAAUAUUGUUAUAUCAGCUGCUCACUGUUUUUGGUCGCGUGGUGAACUGCUGUCUCCUGCAAACUUCGUGGUGGCGGCAAGCAAGCUUUAUAGAUCUUGGGGCCAUCCUAACGACACCAACGUGCAAAUAUCCGAUAUCCGUGAGAUCAGAGUACCGGAUCGGUUUCAAGGAUCUGCAACGAACUACCAAGACGAUAUAGCUCUGCUUACCCUGGUUUCAAACUUGGUGUACACUCAACAUGUGAAGCCUGUGUGCAUCAACUUUGACUACGAGUUCGAUUCCCGGCAGCUAAAAGUGUUUAGCGUUGGAAAGGUAGCAGGCUGGGGAGUCACAGAACAGGGACAGUUCUCCGAAGUGCUCCGAGUGACAGACAUGCCGUACGUUUCUGUGCCAGACUGUAUGACAGAUAUACCAGAAAAAUACAAAGCUUAUAUGACUGGAGAUAAAUUCUGUGCUGGAUACAAAAAUGGUAUAGCGCUAUGCCUCCGCGACAGUGGCGGUGGCCUGACGUUCCCGGCGCGAGAGCGUGGCUCCUACCGGUACUACUUACGUGGAGUGGCCUCCACUGCCUUCCACGCUAACACAUACUGCAGUAACAACACUAUCACCAGCUUCACUCACGUCCUCACACACCAACUGUUUGUGCAGGAAUAUUUAUAAAUGUAAAUAAAUACUUAAUAACCUU